UUUACGAGAGUAAUGAGCGUAGUGUAUUAAACACGAUUAGUAGUCAGUUAUUUUGAAACAGCAACAUGCAGCAGCAGCAGCAGCAGCAGCAGAGAAGCGGAGGAGAGCAAAAAAAAAGCCUUACGACGACGGUCACACUCUCCUUCCUCGGGAACUGCAAUGUUACCAUAAAUAGCAAAACGCGAUUUCUUCUUCGCCCGGAGAUUGUCGUUUGAGGCUACUGUAGAGCGAGAGAGAGAGAGAGAGAUAAACAGAACGAAGCAGAGAGAAAUUUUUGAUUCGAAGAGUGCUGAUCUGUGGGGCUCCUUUUGUUGUUAGGAGAAAGAAGCCUUCUACUCCAUUGUAAAAAAAAAUGGAGAGGUCAGUAAAAGUCAACGGUUUACCAUUUAAGUGGGGUAAAAAGAGUGUAGAAAACAAGGACGUCCAGUUCUAUGAAUCUUUCACUUACGGUGGUUGUGAGUACUGUCUUUACGACUGUGUCUCAGUUGGAGAUGAUAGUAGUAAACUAGGCUCCCGAGAGUUCUUUGUUGGCAAGAUCAUUAAAAUGUGGGAGUAUAAUGAUCAGCGUCAAGACCCGAGGAGAGUCGAGUUGCUCUGGUUCUUCAAACCCUCUGAGCUUUCUGUGUACCUUGAAGGGCUUCAAGAUGUGCUUGCUAACGAACUGUUCUUGGCUUCUGGGUCAGGUCUUGGCCUCACCAAUGAAAACCUUUUGGAAGCAAUAUCUGGAAAAUGUCGUGUUCUAUGCAUCUCCAAGGACGUAAGAAACCCUCAGCCCUCUGAGGAAGAAAUCAAGUCGGCCGACUUCCUUUUUCACCGAACAUAUGAUGUGGGAACUUCCAGAAUCUUAGAUACAAUAGAUGAUUCAAUUGCUGGAGUUGAUGUUAAGUUCAUCUUUAACAGAACCAGUUCUGAAAGAAAAGCUAAUGCUCUGCAGAAUGUGGCAACCGAGAUACAAGAUAGUUUGAAACCAAAUCAUCCUUCAACUAGCGGUUCAGUUACGCAGAAUGCACGCAAUGCCAGUGAUCUCUCUGUUGGUCAUAAACAACUGGCUAGGAAAAUAUCUAAACUUGCAGAAGAAAGGUCUAACAUGAAUUCUGGUGGGGUUGAUGGUGAACUUGAUAGUUUUAGCGCUUCUUCGGGUUCUGGGAGAAAUGAUUGUCAUGGAAGGAAAGACCAAGACGAUGAGGUUGGAAAGCAACUGGCUAAACAAAAAUCAAGGCUUGCUGAUGAAAGAUGCAGUAAAGAUUCUUACUGUUCGGAUGACAUGCUUCAGAAGAAACGGAGACUAGAUGGUUCUGUCGCAGUACCAGAUGGAAGGUUUAAAGUGCCGCAGAAAUUUAGAAAUUAUGGUAGAAAAAAUAUAGAACCUAUUAGAAGAGAUGCGAGGGUAGGAAAAUCAAGGUUUGCAGAGGAAAGACGCAGCAAUGACUUUUACGGUUUGGAUGUCAUGCCUCUAAAGAAACCGAGGCUAGAUGGUUCUGUUGCAGUAUCAGAUGGAAGGACAAGAGAGUCGCAGAAUAUAAGUCAUGAUGGUAAAAAAGACAUGCAAGGUAUGAGAAAAGAUGUGAAGGUAGAAAAAUCAAGGCUUGCAGGGGAAAGAUGCAGCAAAGAUUACAUGGCUCAAAAGAAACUGGAGCUGAAUGGCUCUGCUGUAGUAUCAGAUGGAAGGUCAAAAAUGUCACAGAAAUUAAGUCAUGGUGGAAGAGAAGAUCCUAGAGACAAAGUCACAAGAGGGGAAGUAUAUUCCCAGAAGCCUAGCUUCACUGACAAGAACCAAGGUCUGCGGAUACCAAAAUUUUCUGAAGGAAAAGUUACUAAACAUGUUAGAUUUGCUGAAGGAAAAGAGACCAAACAUGUGAGAUUUGCUGAAGGAACAGAGACCAGGCAUGUGAGAUUUUCUGAAGGAACCGAGACCAGACAUGUGAGGUUUUCUGAAGGAACAGAGACCAGACAUGUGAGAUUUUCUGAAGGAACAGAGACCAGACCUGCCAGAUCUUCUGAAGGAAAAGAGUCCAGGCCUGCAACUGAGAAAGGUCUUAUCAAGAAAUCCAGCUCUGAUUGUAAAAUAUCAAAACACAGUGAGGAUGAGAUGUUGACCAAUGCCGAUUACAGAAGACAUCAUCGAAUCUUUGAAGUCACCCAAAAACCUAGUGUUGAAGGAAUCAAAUGGUUCCGAAAACUUAGUUGGGAAGAAGAUUUGAGGUGUGCAGAAGGGAAAGGGACUCUGGUUGUUCUCAGAAACUUGGAUCCUUCUUAUACAUCUAAUGAAGUGGAGAAUAUAGUCUACUCUGCUUUGAAUGAGCAAUGCACGGCCAGGAUGAUUGAGCGGACGUCAGCUACUAUUCCUCAUAUUGGUGAAGCUUUGGUGAUAUUCGAGACAACGGAUGCUGCAAAAAGGGUAAUUAGAAGACUACAUGAGGGAUGCUUGUUGUUAUCAAAUGGAAGGGUACUUGUUGCUACAAGUGCUAAGGUGAAUCCUCCAGCUAUGCCUUCAUUGCCGUUUCCUGGCCAUAUCUCUAUCCAGCGUCGAGGGAAGAGAAGCGGUGCGGUUACAUCACAUUGUUCUCAGGGUAAUAACAUUGAAUUUGAAAUGGGCAUGGAAUGGUGGUUGCACCUACGCAUAUACAAGCAGAUUUGGGAAAACAUAUAUGAGCGACAAGUUGAUGAGAAGAAGAAGUUGCAGUUGGAUGUCGAGCUAAAACACACUUAGUUUCAGCAUCAUCUUGUCUUGUUCUAGUGUAAGUAAACUCUAACAUCUAAUGAGAAACAAGUGUGAAGAGUUGAUCUUCUUGUGUUGAAGCAACCUGAGAAGGAGAACAAUCACGAGAUUUUUUGUUAGUUUUAGUUUUGGUGUAAUGUCAUACUUAGAACAUGAAGCUGACGUGUUCAUGUUCAUCCAACCCCAACCAACUUUCAACCGUAAACUCAUUUCAGGAAAUCAAAUCUUGUUUCUUGUCAUUAAAAUUCUUAAUUGUAAACCAAGCACUUGGAGCUCCUUGUAGAUAAGAUAUUCAUAAGAAAACCAAAAGAUUUGAUAAAAAAGAAGGAAACGAAAAGAAAGCCUUUAGCUUUAGGUGUGCAAAA